CCUCUGGUCCUCACGACCUGUCUAUUUCCUCGUCCUGAACCCUCACAACAGGUGCACUGGUCACGCAGGUUGCACUGCCUCUUUCCUCCCAUUCAAUGGUGGCUGCUCGGCUUCCUGCCCGGCCUCUGUCUCUCCGUGGCCGGACUCGUGCUCUUCCUGUCCAGGGCGAUGGCCGACAACUACGCCCAUCUGCACAGCAUCUGGCACGUGCUGAUUGCCCUGUCGGCCGCCGCCUUCCUGCCCUGGCCGGACCGGUGGAGGCGUGCCCUCGAGACGGUCGCUCCUUCGGACAGAGUGGCCCUAUCCUGCGGCGGCAAUCGGCUUAAUAGACCCACUCUGACUCCGGUUCCGGCUCCGACUCCGACUCCGACUUCGAUUGUCACUCCGACUUCGGAUCCGACUCUGACAAUGGUACCGGUGCGCGUCGCGACGCCGCAAGAUGGCCACCCACGCGGGCUGGAGGAGAAGAGCAGUGAUGCCGAGUGGCAACAGGUCGAGAAGGUGGACGGUGAGGCUGACCGGCGGCUGGUCGUCUCUCCGGUCGGCUGGGCCGCGUCUGCGGAUCGGGUCGUCAAAGAAAGACCUCGUCACGGCCACUUGGCCGACUGUCCCCAGGGAGUCUGCUCCGCCAAGUGA